AUGCUUCCUGGUAUCGGUGUAUUUGGAACAGGUAAUAUUGUUAAAGUUGUUGUACCAUUCCUUCGAGAGAAAGGUUUCAAAAUUGAAGCACUGUGGGGUAGAACUUUAUUAGAAGCAGAAGAAAUUUCAAAGGAAUUAGAUAUACCCUUUCACACCAACAAAAUUGAUGAUGUAUUAUUGAGAAAAGAUGUAGAUCUCAUAUUUAUUAUUUGCUCUCCAAAUUUACAUUCCCAAAUAGCUGUGAAGGCACUAGGCAUUGGGAAGCAUGUUCUCUGUGAUAAACCAUCAGGCUUAUGUCAAAGUGAAGCUUUAAAAAUGGUCAGGGCAUCUCAGUAUUAUCCUUCCUUGAUUUCAAUUGUUAAUCAUAGCUUAAGAUUCCUUCCAGCUUUUUCACAAAUGAGAAAAGCCAUAGUAGACGGUUAUUUAGGCCAAGAAAAUGAAAUCACUGUGGUGGAUGUUCGUGUCCAAAUGGGAAGUCUACUUCAUGAUUCAUAUGACUGGUUAUGUGAUGAAACAAUGGGCGGAGGUGUCCUUACACUAGUUGGCAGUCAUGUAAUUGAUUUAGUAUCAUUUUUAACUACACAGCGUGCAGUACAAGUUCAUGGAUUGGUCCGUACAUUUACUAAAAACACAGAACAUAUUCAAGGUAUUAGGAAUAUUACCAGUUCAGAUUUUUGUGCAUUUCAAAUGCAGAUGUCAAAAGGAACUAUUGUGACUGUUACUCUCAAUACUCACAUUCCUGGAACUUUCAGUCAAGAAGUACUAGUAUGUGGAAAAUUAGGUUAUUUGAUAGUAAGAGGAGGUGAUCUUUAUGGAUUUAAGGAGGGAUCACAAAAAGAAGAUGUUAUUUAUUUGGAUGUAGAGGACCUCCAAAGGUCUGUGACUAUGAUGAAUACUGUGGCUGCUAAUACCAUUCCACGACCAUAUAUGAAAGGGUUAUUUAAGAUGAUGGGAGCUUUAAGAGAAGCAUUUCUUCCAGUGGAAGACAAGAGGGGUUGGGUUAAAGAACCAGUUGCCCUGGCAGCUACUUUUGAAGAUGGUCUCUAUGUACAAGCUGUAAUAAAUGCAUUAAGAAAAUCUAAUAUCAAUAAAGAAUGGGUAAAAGUGUCAAUCAUCACUGAAGAACCUGAUCCCAAUCCAAUUUUAAGUGCAGCUGUUCGAAGGAGUGGUAUAUCAAUUUGA